AUGGUGGAGCAACGAUCUAAAUACAAAGGCCCAAUAGUCAUUGGGACCGGCCUCCCCAGAACCGGCACAACGUCCUUACAAGUGGCCUUCCAUGCCCUCGGAUUCGCACCAUGCUCUCACUUUCGCGGCGACUUCGCGAACGACAGCUUCCCCUGGACGUUGAGCAGGCGAUGGCGAGCUGCAAUGUAUGCGCAGGACAAACGGGAGCGACAGACAAUAUUACAUCAGAUCUUUGCUGACCAAGGAUUCAACUCGUGUACUGAUUAUCCCUCCUCGCUCUUCGUGGAGGACUUGGUCGAGAUGUAUCCUGAUGCUAAGUUCGUUCACUGCGAGCGCUCUUCGGCACAGCUUUGGCGGGAGUCUGUAAACGAGAGCAUCGGCCAGGGGAUUAAAUGGAAGUUUUUGUUACCAACAUUGCUCUUUCCCGCCGUGUCGUUCAACCUGCAGCCAAUCUUUCGCGCUAUCCAAGCUCGAACCCAACGUGUGUUUGGGGUCGGCCUAUGGGCGUCUAGAGACGACGUGGGAUUGUACCACGCUCAUAACGCAUGGGUCAGGCGAGUUGUGCCCAAAGAAAAGCUUCUCAUCUUUAACCCCAAAGACGGAUAUCCAGUACUUUGUGAAUUCUUGGGAGUCCCGAUCCCUCAAGAUGGGCAGGGAAAUGAUCUCAUCUAUCCCCAUGUGAAUGACCGAGAAACGAUGAACAAGGGCUUUGCCAAAAUGCUCCGCGUUGGUUGGGGGAUGUGGGCAGUAUUGAUUUCCGGGGUGUCUUUUGCUCUGAACCGAUACGGAGUAAUAGACUUCUCGCAGCUUUUGAAAUAUCUAAAAUGA